AGAGAUAUUUUUGUCCGUAAACAUUUUCUAAAUCAGAAAUCAUCUUAUCUGAAACAAUCCCGCUUGGACCUUGGCAUCUUGCUGCUCCACUUCACACCAGAGUUUGAUUAUCUUCCUCUGUUCCUCGACUUGUUGCCAGCUUGCCUCCGCCUGCUCAAAUCAACCUCGCCGCACGCCGCCGGAUUCACCCCUCGCCGAAACGGUAAUCCUGAUUGAGUAAGUCCCAAAUAAGCUACAAUAUAGAUUUGCUCACUCCCUCAUGCAGUUACUCCCUUCGGCCCAUGUCGCCUGUUUGAGUCUUUGAGAGUUCAAAGUUUCAAUUUCAGCAUUUGGGGUGAGAAUCGAUGAUCUGCUUGUCUGGGUCGUUACGACGUCCUUUUUUGUUUUUAAAGUUCUUCGUUUGGCGUAAGUUUAAAAAGAAUUAACAUCUUCAUAGACGCUGAACAGAGGGUUGACUAUUUGCAGCAUUUGGCAGACAGGAGAACAAGUUUAGGGGCGCCAUUACAUAUAUAUCUAUAAUUACCCUAUCUAUAUUUUGUGUUUUUGUGCUGUUUGGUAAUACUUUCAAAUUCCUAAGGUUUCUUGUGUGGGUGCUCAUUUAGUAGAACAAUGAUUUUGAUUAGUAUAGUAUUAUGAUGAUUGGGGGCGCCAUUACAUUUAUACUUUUAUUAAAGUACUUUUAACAAAGAACAUUUUCACAUAAUUUUUAUAUCAUAAAUAAUUUCCCAUAAAAAUAUAUACUCAGUCAAAGUUGAACAUACUUGACUGAAAAAUUCAAAGAUCUACAAAGUUUUAAGGGACGGAGGGAGUAUUUUUUUUAGUUGACUAAAAAAAUAUGAUGAUUAGGUAGAUGUCAUUGAAUGCAACCUCAGCACGUAAAUGGUCAAAAUAUUUGCCGCACAGGAUUAGAUUACCUGAUAACCGGAUGGUAUCCUUUGAAAAAGAAGAAUUGGUUGUAUUUUUACAACUCCAAGGAAUUACGUUCCCCAGAAAUUAAAACCAAGGAAAAUACCAAACGGACUCUUGGUGAAUACAUUAGCCAACUGUUUGAUAGUAGAAACAUGAAGCAUUUUAGCAAUGCCUCUCCGAGUUAUUCCUGGAAUGAUAUGACCAUGGAUCUCUAUAUACUUCACAAGCUCAUAAAGAAUAGGAUUAUGAGCAUUUCAAAGCUGAUCUAUGGUAAAGGAAUCUCUUUCCAAAACUGUGUUCAUUCUGUGUAACAAAUAUUUGAUGACAUCUGCAAUUCUGCAUUGACGUUAGUGCUGCAUUGUGCAUAUCCAGAAAAUCUCGUUCUCUCCUUUGAACCAAGCAUUGGUUAGAGCUUCGAAUAUUGAUGACAAUACUUUUCUGUAGAUGUAUAUUUUUCUAAUAGCCAUACUUUUAGCUAUAUAUAUAUUAUGUUUUAUUUUUUCUUGCUUUGUUGUGCUAACGUUUUCAUAGAGAAUUGCUUCUUUUUCCUUGUAUCCAGCUAUAAAUUUUAACAGCUGUGCACUAUUGAGCAGUUGAUCUGAUGAAUUCAUUUAGAGCAUUCUUGAACAGUCCAAUCGGUCCUAAAACUACUCAUUUCUGGGGUCCUAUGGCGAACUGGGGAUUUGUUGCAGCGGUGCGUUUCUCCAAAAGAGAUAUUAAGCAAGCCAAAAGUUUGAUUAUUUCACUCUGCUUUGCUUGAUUUGUGUUAACGGGGCCUUUCAGGCUUUAUUGGAUACACAGAAGCCCCCUGAAAUGAUAUCUGGAGAGAUGUCAUCAGCAAUGUGUAUAUAUUCUGCAUUGGCCAUGAGGUUUGCAUGGAUGGUUCAGCCUCGCAACCAUCUACUUUUGGCAUGCCAUAUUUCAAAUGAGUGUGUCCAGCUGUAUCAACUAUCUCGUUGGGCAAAGAGUCAGGGGUACUUGCAGCAGAGGCAAGAGGACAAAGUCCAGUGAUUUAUGCUGCAUCUCUUCUAUUUUAUAAUAGACCCCUUUAUACUCGUCAACUCUUAGCAGCUUCAUCAUUUGUACAUGCACCAAGAGUAACCAUUUGUAGUGCAUGAAAAGCUAUGUGCACAAAAAAUGUAAAAAUGUAUAAUGUUAUGAAGCAAAAGAUUCAUUAUUUUUUCCCUUGAGAAUAUGAUAGAAUAAAGCAAAAUGGCUCACCAAA